GCGACGGCGGACCUCUUCGUCGAGGGCGAGCAGCUGCCGUGCCGGCCGGGGCAGCGCCUGCGGAUCGCCGUGGUCCGCCCGGCCAGGCCAGGGCGGAGGGGCUGGGCUUAUUAGCAGGCUCGUGCCGGCAGCCCCGCCGGGACGGUCGGCCCGGCCUGGGGAGUCGGCCCCGGGCGGUCGCGUUCUGA